AUGGCCCCCACGCUCAAACCAGAGGAGUUCCUCCUCCCCAUCACUGUCAUCAGGGUUACCAUGCACACAACCGGGUACUUUUUUGAAUCAGAUACCCGUAGUGGAAAUCAUGCCUCCAUAUUUCUCCUCACAGGCAAUGACAAGUCUGUGCGACUGAAUAUGACUAAGGCAGGUCCUACGGAUACCAUGGGCACAUAUGCCGAAACCCGGUGUGAAUAUGAAUCAUCACACAGCUCCCUCCACGAUAUCGACAUUCCAGCAGUUACAGGGCUGACUGUCGAUCAUGUUACCCGACUUAUCCUAACAAAAGGACGCCGCAACUACAGGCUAGCUCCUAGUGGAGUAGGAUGUCGAUUUUGGGUGAAAACUAUUAUCGAGGAUUUGGAGGGUGCCGGUUACAUUCACCCGAAUGGCAAAGACGCUAUCAUGCAAGCCUAUAAUGACUUGCAGUACAAUUACUCUCGAGACAAGUCCCCCGAAUUCGAGGCGAUAGUUCCUGGAGCUUUCGUGUAG